UGAACACAGGACAUUUGAGAAGAGCAGCCAUUAAAGUAGCCAGGUCCCGAAUUUGCCACCGAUCCUCUUCGUAAACUGCCAGUUUAAGCUUGUCCUUCUACAUUUUAUUGUGACAUUUGGUAAGAAUUCUAUAAUCUAGUAUCUGCGUGACACACGUCAGGACCAUGGUGGGUGGGUGGCAGGUGGUUCUUUUGCUGACAGUUCUCCGUGGGACAGGUGCGCAAGUGCCAGCUGGAUAUGAAGGCUGUUAUGUGGACCAAGCGGUGCGAAACUUCCCCCACGAGGAGAAAUGGGACGGACAGCUCACCAACGCCCGGUGUGUGAGCCACUGUAGGGACAAGGGAUACCCUUAUGCAGCAACGGAGUUCACGUUCCAGUGUUUCUGUGGGACUGACGCUCAGUUCAACACGCUGCCGGCCGCCGUGCCUGACUGGGAGUGUAGCACAGACUGUACCGGCAACAGCGGGGAGAAGUGUGGAGGACCCUGGAGGAUGUCCGUGUACGCGGUAGUGGCUCUGAAAAACGAAAUCCGGUUGGUUGGUGGAGGCAAAGAGGAAGAAGGACGUGUGGAAGUCCGUGCGUACAACACCAAAGACUGGGGGACCGUCUGUAGCACCGGCUUCGACAUGGACGACGCCAGAGUCGCCUGCAACAUGCUGGGGCUGGGCGACCCUGAGUUCGUGCGCGACACCAGCUACUUCGGACAAGGUACAGGAGCGAUCAAGAUGGCGAACCUGGACUGUGGAGGGCACGAGAGCAGCCUGUUCGACUGUAGCUACAAUGGCCCCGGGAGUCACAGCUGUAGUCAUGGUGAAGACGUCGGCAUCGUCUGCGGAGGAGUCCUGAGUGCUGGAGCCAUCGUUGGGAUCGUCUUCGGCGUGUUGAUCUUCCUCGUCAUCGUGCUGACCGUCACCAUCAUCUGCUGUCAGAAGAACAAGACUCCCGGCAGGGUGCUAGGCCCGGCUCCACCGGCAGGUGGCGCUCCCACGGUGGUCACCAGCAACGUGAUGUACCCCGCCGCUGGCAACGCCACGUACAUACAGCAGGGUGUGGCGUACCCCAUGCAGUCUAUGCAACCUGUGCAGCCUGUACAGCCUGUGCUGUACGCGCAGCCCAACCAACCUCCUGCACAGUUCACGCCCGUCCCUCAGGCUUACGACCAGGCGGCGAAGCCACCCGCUGUUUAGCCCUUUUUUUCAAUAGACUCUACCGAAGUCCACAUGAAAUCCGUGAUGACCAUUUUUUUGUCUUUUUAGUGGAUCUCAAUCUGUUCAUAUCAAUCAGAAAGCCAGACUGACACUUUAGCUUAUACUAUGAAAUAGGUAAAAAGAUGGUCUUGAUGCUCUGUGCUGCUCAGAUUGCCAACUGAACUUUUUUCGAUGGAUUAGUCUGUCGAUGCCCCUACUUCAAUCGGCCAUGACUGGUGAUUUAAUGAUGCUGUAUAUCGAUGAUUGGACACUUUUGUGAUCUUCUUAUUCCAGAUCUUCUUAUACGCAACGUCGGCAAGUUGAGCAUUUAUAGCCAUAUUGGAUUCUAGGGGACACUUUUUAAUGUUAGACCUGUCCUAGACCUUCUUGUACACAGCAAGUUGAGUUGAGAAUUUAUAGCCAUAUUGGAUUUAUUCUAUGCAGUUAUGUGUUUAGCGUGGAGUGCAGUUGUGCAGCAGCUAACCCCGCCCGACAGGGACUACGGAUGAUAAUGUGUUUAAAAAUAUCAAUAUACUCGAAAAUAAUGUUUUUUGCUUGGGAUUUUGCAAGGUGUUGUUUAGAACAUGUACGAGUAUAAACAUAUGACGGUUGUGCUGGUCAUACAGUGAAAUACUGAUGAAACGUUAAGGAUUUGUUGUGUAUGUAAAAGUCGCAGAGUUGUUUAUAUUCAAAGAUAUCAAUAACGUUUUACGUAUACCUUGUACAGUUUUAAAAAAAUUAUCUACUCAGAUAAUAUAUUAUAACAUUUAUACGUGUUGUAGGUUUUAUUAUCAAAGCACUCGGUGAUGUACAUUUUAUUAGACACAUCAGGAUGUACAUAAAAUUCAGGUUGAGUUUGUAUUUUCAUGAUGCCAUAUGCACACCAAUAUACGCCAAUGUACAUGUAAGGUGUAUCAUGACUUUGUCAACCACGGUUUUGUGUGUGCGUAACCGCUAAAAUCACUGACAAAAAUAGCAUGUGGAACAUUAAUUUUGAAGUAUUCGUAUGCCAUCCAUUUGCAUUGCUGAAUAAUAAAAGAAACUUGUCAA